AAAGUAGAAGAUGAAGGGAAAGGGGAAAACUGCUAAUGACAAAGACUGUCCUCUGCAGUUCCCUGACCUAGAACCAGUGGACCAUGUUACCCAAUGUCCAAAAUACACACAUAUUCUGACUCGGUCUGAGGAGGAUGGUAUCGGAGUGGAGGAGUUGGACUCCAUCCAGUCAGACCUAGAAACUCUGUUAGCAGCAGCAGGGCUAAGACUGAAACAGCUGGAAAACGAGAAACAAAUUCUAGUGAACUGGGCUGACAAGAAAGAUAUCAAGGGGUUUAAGGCUGGCAAGUCUGAAGCUCCUGUUUCUGGCAAAAGAGGCAAAGUAAUUGAAGACAAACCAAAUAAGAAAUUUAAAAGCUCAGAGAGUGGUAAAGGCUCUCACCCUACACCCCCUGGUCCGGGACGACCCAAGAGUAAAAUUGCUCAGACAAAAGCCCAGGAAUUAGACUUUUCAGCGGAUUCUCCAUUAGAUCUACCUCGGCUACCAAAGAAUGAUGCAGUGAAUCGAUUCUGGUCCUCAGUUGAGCCAUACUGUGCAGAAAUAACGAAUGAGGACAUCAAAGUCUUAGAGGACAUCCUUACCAGUCACGACGAGGAGGCAGAUUAUUUCAGAGUUCCUCCUCUUGGAAAGCAUUAUGCAGAGAAAUGGGCAGAGGAGGACUUAUUGGAGGAACAGAGAGAUGGGUCUAAGAUAAAUGACAAGAGGAGAGGGCAGAAUAACAACAACAACAACAGCCUAAGUAACUCCAAUGAUGCAACAACAUUACUGAAGAAGGCAGAGCAGAGUAACAUGGAGGAGUCCCCAUUUGGGCCCCUGACCCAGAGGCUGGUGUCAGCCCUGAUUGAGGAGAACAUUAUGACCCCCAUGGAUGACACCAUGAAUGAAAUCACAGGAGGAAAAGAAUCUCCUGAGGAAGCACCUGCCAUUUCACCCAGAGUUCUGGCAAAGCAGCUAAAUAUUGGUAACCCCGCCCACCUAGAGAAAAGAAUUAGAAAGGAGCUAGAGGAACAAGGAAUAAUUGAUUGUGAUGAUAAGGUAGAUGAUAAUCCAGAUGAUGAAAUUCUGACGGAACUCCGACAAAAACAGCAGGAGCUUAAGGCGGUCAGUCAGUACGUGGUGUCAGUCACCAAGACCCUGCUGGAUAAGGCUAAAGACGAGAUGAAAAAACAGGAGCUGAAAAAGAAGCUGGCCACUGCUGACGCUGAGGUACUGGAAGCAUACAGAAAAGUUCAAGCAACCAGACAGAAGAAGAAAACACCCACCAAGAAGGAGAGGGAUUCUGCUUGGAAAGCCAUUAAAGAAAGGGAGACGAUUAAACGACAGAUAGAGGGAAAAUUUAAGUGACUCUUACACAUGAAUCAAACUGUCAACAUUCUAGCAAAUCAUAAUGUAAAAGAAAGAAUAUGUUCAAUAGGGCAACCCAUGUGUUUUAUAAUGUGUUUUAUAAGUAAACAAAUUACUUAAAUCACUCAACAAAAUGCUUGUCAGUUCACGAUUCCCGGCAAUGGCAGAAACUUGCUUCACUGAGAUAAAUAUACCCUGUUUGACAUUCACAAGGAGAACAAGUCUACUCGUUGUAAACUGGAUCAGCAUCACUUGGAGCUACACAAGUGUACUGAUAGGUGUUGUGUGCGAUAAAAUUGGCUUCAACUAUACAGGUGUAUAUCAGAAAAAUGGUUAUGUUUGAAUGUAAAUUUAUAUUGUCAUUACAUGUUUGUAUGUUGUGAAUAUGUGCAUUUUAGAUCAGUGAUUUUACCUGUACACUUUCAUGUUCCAGACAUUAUUAAGGUCUUCCGUUUCCAACGGAAGACCUUCUACUGAUUCUGAUGAUUAAGAUUAUUCUUAUUAUUCUUUUUUUUUUCCUUUUCCUAGACGCCAACUUUGAGGCCUCAUAUUUCACUCAUUUCUCGAUGGAUUUUGCUCAAAUUUUCAGAGUUGAUAGACGUUACUAAACUCUAUCAAAAUGUUAUCUAAAAUUUCAAAAAGUCACUUCCGGUUUUGAGUUAUUUCCCUUUAAACGAAAAUUUAUAGGCUUUCGUUUCCAGACAAAGGCUCAGAGACGGCUAAAGCUGGAGCAAAAAUUCUACUGAUUUUAGAUAAUAAAAGGAUUGAAGUUGUGCAUAGUGGUUUUUGUUUUUCGAUUUCUCUAUUCAAGAUGGUGCUAUAUAGGGGUCAAAAAUUAGAAUGCCUAAAAGAGCGAAAAUUUACACAUAUUUUGCUUUUUAUCUUCUAAACUAAAAAUAUUUUGUUAAAACAUAUAGAACAAAAUUUGUGCAGAAUUACAAGAUCUUUUGAAUGAUAUCUCGAAAAAAGGGCUGACCCCUAAAUUAAGGGAUCUAGAGGGGCCAAAAGUUUUUUCCAGAUAUCUCAAAAAGUAUUGAGAAUUUGUUAUACAUCCAAGAAGCAAUGUUGUUCAAAAUGUCAAGCUUAAUCUAAUGAAGUCGUCAAAAUGCGUCCGGCGACGUCACUUCCGGUCAAACCGGAAGUAGUCAGAAAAUGCAUAUUUUUGCUGUUCUUGACAAGUUUUUGGGUAACAUAUAUCACAAGAAGCACAAAACUUAAUUUUCUGUCCAUCGACAUCACUUCUGGUCAAACCGGAAGUAGCCAAAAAUAGCUUAUUAUUUAAGGUUUUGAUGCAAAAUUGAAAUUAUAAAGUGACUGGAGACGACUAAGCUCAUUGCUUUCUUUUUGCUGACGUCACUUCCGGUCAAAACAGGACGGAAGACCUUCUCGUUGCUUUGCAACGAGCUUUGCUCUAGUUAUUAUACAAUUAUUGCUGUUUUUUG